AUGGAGACCAGACAACAAGGUUUUCUUGAAUCUGAGCCUCUGAGGGAAGCAGAUGAAAACACGUCGGACGUCAACCUCAGCAACUCCAUCCUGACAGAAGAGGAGAGAGAGGAAAUUCAGCAGGAGCUAGCCAAACUGGAAGAUGAGAUCAGCACACUGAAACAGGUGCUAGCAUCCAAAGAGAAGCGGCACACGGAGAUCAAGCACAAACUGGGCAUCACUCCUCUGGGAGAGCUACGCAACAAUUUCACCCGAGGAUGGCAAGACAUGCAGAGCUCCGUCGCGUACAAGAGAACAUCGGAGACGCUUUCUUCGGCAGGGCAGAAGACCACGGCCGCUUUCAGCACGCUCGGCAACGCCAUCAACAGGAAGUUUGGAGACAUGAGAAACUCGCCAAGCUUCCGAUCUUUUGAGGAGAAAGUUGAGAGUACGGUGACCACCAUCAAGACUAAAGUUGGGAGUCCCGGGGCAGGAGGAAGCUUCGAGGACGUCCUCUCUUCCACGGCGAAAGCCAGCGCUCAGGACACACCCACCAACAACUUGACAGAAACACCUGAGAGGCCGUAG